CACCCCCCCCCUUACACACAGCCGUGUACAGUCGUGGCUGUACAUUCACACACACACACCCACCACGACAACACCACCACGACGACUACGCAGAUUGCUCGCGUGUAACACACCACACACGUUUCACACACCACACACACGUGUUACACAGCACACACACGUGUCACACACCACACACACGUGUUACCACACCACACACACGUGUGCACGAGCGGCGGUAUUUGUAGCAGCAGUCCCGUCGGUGAACACGUCUGCGAGAUACUGUACACGCACACACACAGACGAUGAGAGUCGCCGACGCCACUUUUCACCGUCGUCUUUAUCUUUAAUUCCGGGCGACCAUCGCUUCGUCACAAAGUCGGCUGGGAUUUCAGGACACACGCUCGCAAACAUCUGCCUGGUUGUUGUGCUGCAACCUCGCCACACACCACCCCCCCUCCCUCUCUCCACUCCACUCCUUCCACCGUGAUAACAGAGAAGAAGAUGUGGAGGCCGAGAUGACUUACGUCUCGGCAUCUCGUCGUCGUGUCUCUCCGCCACCGCAGCAGCUACCCCCAGCACGGUGGCCACCCUGCUCCGAGUCAUGCGAUUCGCCACGCCGCUGCUGGUGGCCGCACUGCUGGGCCUGGCCCUGUGGCACCUUCGCCUGGCGUGGGCCGGGACGAGCAGUGGCGGAGAAGACGGCGAUGAUGUUGACGAUGACGAUGGUGAUGAUGGUGAUGAUGAUGUUCGUAAGCGCAGCUGUGGACGUGCUGGUUCGUCCGCGGGUAUCGGCGGUGGCCGUCUGUACGGUUGGUCCCACGGUGGUGGCGGCGGCGGCGGCGACAUCGGCGUCGGAGGUUCUUGGGAUCCGUACGCUCACAAGUUCUCAACUUUUCCCGACCAGCUGAGGGUUCAGCUGCGAGAAGACGCUCGCCGCAUGUUCUACGUGGGCUACGACAACUACAUGAGCCACGCUUUCCCCGCCGACGAGCUCAACCCCAUCGAUUGUCGGGGUCGAGGACCCGACGUGGACAAUCCAUCAAACAUCAACAUCAACGACGUCUUGGGAAACUAUUCUCUUACGCUCAUAGAUGCUCUGGACACACUUGCGGUGAUGGGGAAUGCCUCGGAGUUUCAACGGGCGGUGCGGCUCGUGAUGGAGACAAUCUCAUUUGACCAGGACUCCACUGUGCAGGUCUUCGAGGCUACCAUACGGGUGCUGGGCUCGCUGUUGUCAGCACACCUCAUCAUCACGGACACGGCACAGCCGUUUGGCGACAUGGCGCUGCCGGACUACGAGGACGAGCUGCUGCACAUGGCGCACGAGCUGGCGAGCCGCCUGCUGCCCGCCUUCGAGAACACGAACACGGGCAUCCCCUACCCGCGGGUGAACCUGCGUCGCGGCGUUCCGCUCGACGUGUCGGAGGAGACGUGCACGGCGGGCGCCGGCUCGCUGCUCGUCGAGUUCGGGGUGCUCAGCCGCCUGCUGGGCGACCCCACGUACGAGGGGGCGGCGCGCAGGGCCGUGCGCUCCCUCUGGGCGCUGCGCUGCAACACCACCGGCCUGCUCGGGAAUGUGAUCAACGUGCAGAGUGGGCAGUGGGUUGGCAGCCAGAGUGGACUCGGCGCGGGGCUGGACUCCUUCUACGAGUACCUCCUCAAGUCCCACGUCCUGUUUGGAGAGGACGAGGACCUGCACAUGUUCAACGCCAUCUAUGCCAGCAUCCAAACGCACCUCCGCAAGGGACGACGAGAGUGCAACUCCGGUCAUGGGGAGCCACCGCUCUACGUCAACGUGAACAUGUGCAGCGGCCGCAUCAUCAACACCUGGAUCGACUCUCUGCAGGCCUUCUUCCCGGGCCUUCAGGUGCUGGCCGGGGACGUGGAGGAGGCGAUCUGUCUACAUGCGUUCUACUACGCCAUCUGGCAGCGCUUCGAGGCUCUUCCCGAGCGCUACAACUGGCAGCUCAAGGCACCCGAUGUCCACUUCUACCCCCUGCGGCCCGAGCUGGUGGAGUCAACUUACCUCCUGUAUCAGGCCACAAAGAACCCGUUUUACCUGCACGUCGGCCAAAAAAUUCUGCAGAGCAUCGAGAAGCACACAAGAGUGAGGUGCGGCUACGCGACGCUCCACCACGUCAUCGACAAGUCCAAGGAGGACCGCAUGGAGAGCUUCUUCCUGAGCGAAACCUGCAAGUACCUCUUCCUGCUUUUCGACAUUGAGAACCCCGUGCACGUGGGCGGCCGCGCAUUCAUCUUCACCACCGAGGGACACCUGCUGCCCGUCGGCCGCCAACUGCGCAGGAAAACGCUCGCCGGUGGCAGUGGCGCCAAUGGCGUCGCGGGGAGGGCCCAAGGAGCCUCGGGUGGGAGUGAAAGUGGCGACGCAGGGGACGCCUCCGCCGUCUGGCAAAGCCAACAAUCCUGGACGACGACGACGGAGCUGCCUGGCGCUGCCCUCAACUCCAGCUGUUGGCGGGUGAACCCGGAGAGAAGAUUUUCUUUGCCACUGAAGCCAAUGUACAUGCAGCAGAUUGAAAGCAUGGUGGGGCUGCUGUGAAUAUGCCAGUAAAUCUCAAUACGUGCCUCAUCCACGGGAUGAAUGUAAAAACAAAAACCUCAACUAUUUUUCAACUGACGUGCUGGCACCUGUGGCUUGGAAAAAAAUAUGCAAAGUCUACAGCCACGAUAAACAAAUAAGGGGCUACAUUGGUAGCUGUGCACAGAACACAUACUUUAAAAAAAGCCGAACCAGGUGCCUUGUAACAAAAAAAUAUAUAAUAGCCUGAGGAUUUGGGGCUAGCUUGUCCAUCUUGGAUAUUAAUUAAAUAGUUUAAGUUUCAACGAAGGGCUCGGCGAGUCUCAGAAUUGUCUCUGAGGAGGGUCCUGCAUCGGGAUGUUUGGGCAAUCCUAUUUAAUGGUGUUUUUGCACUUCUAAAUUAUUGAAAUUAUGUUUGUUAUGCAAUAUCUGUCAAUGAGAAAAAAAAGCAAACCUCACAUUCAACUCAAUACAGUUCAUUUGUCCGUUAAGAUUAUGCCUGAGACACCGCAGGGUAGGGAGAAAUUCAUCCGACUGUAAAUACGGCACUCUCAGUUGUACGCCCUGCGCACUGCAGAUGGGCCGUUGCCCGAAACGUUACCCUGUCGCAUAUGAAAUCUCUUCAACGGGCAGUAUUUAUGACGAAUGCAGUGAGAGUUUUUGUUGUGUACGCGCUGUGCUCAAACAGACAAACAUCUAUGCAAUAGGGAUGUCUGAUUUGUCUUGUUUUAUGUCAAUUUGUCGCUGUUGUACCGAGUUGUGAAAGUUUGCUGUUUUGUAAAGAGCAGAGUUUACAUGUUCAUAAGCAGUGCUUCCUCUGUCUCACUGGCAGAAAGAAAAUAUCACUUAGUUCCCUGGUGGUGUUGACCGUCUGACAUGGGUUUUUGAAAGUUAAAGCCGUGGGCUAUUUAUUAUGCAUCAGGGUUGCUCAAAACCGGCGGACGUUUCAUGAUGCCUUGGAUUCAUUGAUCGACAUCCAGUCGUCCACUCGCGAUAACGUGCAUCACGUCAUCUGUGUGAUGCACGUAUCCGUGUACUUCAGCGGACAAAUGAAAGCAUGUACGGUCGCUCGGAUAUGAAUACUGACAGAAAGUCGGGGCACAUCAGAGUCCAUCAGAGCCAUUUAUCUAUCAAGUGGCACGUUGCGACUGCCGCAAGCGUGCAUAACGACGCAUCGAUUAAUAUCGAUUCCAAUAAUCAUGGUAACAUGCGUCAAAUCUCGCGCGUAAAACAAAUGCAUUACUAUCGAUUCGUGUCUGCUGUACGUAAUUGGUUCACGUGACCCCCCCCCCCCCUCCCCCCUGCAGCCACUAGUGGCCUCAACAUUCUCCACGGUGCUCAAAUUUGUUUUUCUUAUUGAAUCGAAUUAUGACCCACAAUUUCCAGGGGGGUGCAUCAUCCCACCCCUACUCGGCAUGGUCUCUGCAUUGUCUCGUGCCAGGCCAGGUCCUGUUUCUUGCAGUCAGCCAGUGACUUGUGACCCGUGGAAGACAAAGUGUGGAUGUUCAUCGUCUUGAGGGGGAAUCAGUGUGGGCAGUGCCUUCCCGUGUAAGCACAGUCUACUCCAAAAUGGCCCCAUAGUGGCCCGUUUUUAUUUUGAUAGGAGUGGGGAAUCUGCAUCCACGGUGAGGCGGCCCGGAAGUUCGAUUUAUCCGACACGGCAAGCAUCUUGGCUGCAUUUAUCGAGUGCACGACAAAUAUUUUCACCAAAAAUUAGACACGCACUUUAUCCCCGAAUUUAGCACGCGGAAGCCAUUUUUCCGUCACUGCCAAGGGCCUCUUGCAGUGACAGAAGUGACCGAGGUGUGGGUGUGUUCAUGUGUGACCCACAAAAGGUUUUUGAAAAUUCAUUUGGCUCUCGAUAAAGCAAGAGGAUCCCUCACCCCUUGUUUUUGUGAUGAGGACGACAGCAGAUGUGGUCCAUUGGCGCACGGCUCGGAAGAAACCAGUUGUGCGGGCAAAGAAACAAUUUUCGGCAACAGCUGCGUGCGGUGACUUUUGUGGGCAUCGUCGUACCCUUAAAUUGGCUUGGAGUUAUAUUACUAUAUUUUUGAAAUUUCAAAUAGAGCUGUGAUAAUUUACAGAUAAUAAGGGUGCGUGGAUAUUUUGUUGAUAAUUAAAAAAAAAGAUCCCUCUUGGGCGCUUUUAAUGCGCCGAUGCGAGACGUUAACUUUAAUCGCCGAAUGGAUGAAAAUAUUCACGAGCUGUUCGUUACCGUCUGAUGUGGGGCGUUGGGCUUUUGAAGCCCUGUCCGUGAUUGAAAUUUGAGCCAUAACCGUGCUUGAGAAAACCCACGAGGGUUAGAAGUUUGGCAAAUAUCCAGUUUUUUUUCUGGCUUGGUUUGCAACGCCAACACAGGACCACUGAUCUUUUUAUUAUUAUACAAGGCAAAAGAUCAAGUACUAUAUUUCCGUUUGGUAGACAAUCAAAAUAACUCGGCCAAUGUGUAAUGAUAAAACUCGUGUAAGUUUUCAAAGUUUAUUGAAAAUACAGCCUUAGCACACUCAAUAAGUAGUGCGCGAGGACAACACUUAACGGCUCUGGCCAUUCAUGGUUGAUUACUCUGAGCCAGUUGUAAUAGAGAAAAUGAAUUAAAUGAAUAAAUAUAGUAUAUAUUAUUUCUUUAUAUUAUAAAUGGUAAUUGUGCCAUAUUUGUGUCACAAGCAAUGGGGAGCAAUAUCGAAAAUACAAUGCGUGUCAUGCGUGUAAUGUGCCUUCGAAUUGUGAAAUAACGAUGUCGAAAUGAUAUUUUUCUAAAUACACUGAAAUAAAGUUAUUAGUGCAUCUA